UCCUUGGCUGCGGUGAAGAGGGCUUCUCGGCCCAGGUCCCCCAGCUGCACUGCCCCAUGCGGCCCUGAGCCCAACAGCGAGUCCACUAUGGGUUGUGGGGCCUGUGUCCCCUCAGAGGCCACAGGGGUUGGCAUCCAGGGCCGUCGGCUGGGAGCCGUGCUGGGUGCCCUGUGUGUUCUCCCCAUGCUCGUGCUGCUGGCCUGGCUGGGGGUCCCGGUGAUGCUGGCCUGGAGGGCAGGGCAGUCUGCUUUCCGCACCAGCUUCUGGGCUUGGGGACAGACCCUGCUGGCUCUCGCCACACACCUUCUGCCCUUGAAGGGAGACAUCACUGCUCCGGACACCUCUGGGGUCCCGGCCACCUGGAUCCCAGGCCCACUGCCCCCCCGCAGACGCCGUUAUACGCUAACCCCGGACAGGCUGCGCUGGGACCACUUUAACCUCACCUACAGGAUCCUCUCUUUCCCAAAGAACCUGCUAACCCCCCGAGAGACUCGGCGGGGCCUGGCAGCCGCCUUCCGCAUGUGGAGCGACGUGUCCCCCUUCAGCUUCCGCGAGGUGGCCCCUGAACAGCCCAGCGACCUGCGGAUAGGCUUCUACCCAGUCAACCACACGGACUGCCUGGUCUCCGCACUGCACCACUGCUUCGAUGGUCCCACGGGGGAGUUGGCCCAUGCCUUCUUCCCCCCACAUGGCGGCAUCCACUUUGACGAUAGCGAGUACUGGGUUCUGGGCCCUACACGCUACAGCUGGAAGAAAGGAGUGUGGCUCACAGACCUGGUGCACGUGGCGGCCCACGAGAUCGGCCACGCGCUGGGCCUGAUGCACUCGCAGCACAACCGGGCACUCAUGCACCUCAAUGCCACGCUGCGCGGCUGGAAGGCGCUGUCGCAGGACGAGCUGUGGGGGCUGCACCGGCUCUACGGUUGCCUGGACCGGCUGUUUGUAUGUGAGUCCUGGGCUCGGAGGGGCUUCUGUGAUACUCGCCAGCGGCUCAUGAAGAGGCUCUGCCCCAGCAGCUGUGACUUCUGCUAUGAAUUCCCCUUCCCCACGGUGGCUGCUACCCCGCCACCCUUCAGGACCAAAACCAAGCUGGUGCCUGAAGGGAGGAAUGUGACCUUCCGCUGCGGCCAGAAGAUCCUCCACAAGAAAGGCAAAGUGUACUGGUACAAGGACCAGGAGCCCCUGGAGUUCUCCUACCCCGGCUACCUGGCUCUGGGCGAGGCACACCUGAGCAUUAUCGCCAAUGCCAUCAACGAGGGCACCUACACAUGUGUGGUGCGCCGGCACCAGCGUGUGCUCACCACCUACUCCUGGCGUGUCCGUGUGAGGAGCUGAGCUCCUGGAGCCCUUUGAGUGGCCUCUUGGCUGAUAAAGCACUUUCUCUCUGA